AAGUUUGGGUUAUCAGUGCCCAGCUGCAUGGAGAGAAUGGUGCACCUCGGCGUUCACAGGCGCGUCAUUCUGUCCAACUGCGCUUUUACAUUUUGCCAACUUUAACCGCUGCACGCACAGUUUGACGAGGGGCCGCAUGCGUAAAGUUCGACGCGCGUCCUCCGCGGCUCCACUACCCCACAGAUGGCUUGGAUCGCCCGCCCGCCGCUGCGCGGCUCCGGCGCCGCUUGGAUCGUGCUGGCGGUGAUUCUGACAGGUGACGCGGUCGCGCAGGUCUUUGACAGCUACGGAUUGUCGUACGCCCUGAGAUCCGAGCUGACCGAGGACACGAUAUUGGUCGCCAAUAACGGGAUCCGCGUGCCUUUCGGGCGAUCGGUCUUCGUGGAUCCCAUCAACGAUCUGGUCAUCCAAGUUCAGCCCGGCGACAGAUGCAGCUUAACUGUGCUGGACAGUGACCCGCUGUCUCAGAGGCCCGGACACCUGGCCCCGAAAAAGUUUCCGUGUGAAUUUGGCCCCCACGACGUGAAGUACUCUCACUUUGGCUCCAGGAGUCCUCCGAGGGACAGAGUGAGAUUGCAGCUCAGGUACGACACCCAGACUGAUACCAUUAUCAUACCGUUCAUGAUGGAGGUGGAGGUCGUCUUCACACAGCUGGAGGUACUGACCAAAAACAUGCCCCUGGCCGUGGAGAGGCUGCUCGGCACCAGCAACCCCAUCGAUAGAAGAAUUUUAGAAUUCACCUAUGACAGAAGUGCCCAACAAUGCAAAAUCGCCUCCCUCUCCAGUGGCAAUGUGAUGCCCAGGUAUGGCAGACUUGUGGAUGAGGACAGCCUCGGAACAAUGGUGGACUGUGAUGACUUUAUUAAAAUGAACAUCCGCUAUCAGCAUACUUUUGCUCUGAAGUCGCCGAACAGAGAUUACAUUCCAAUGCUGGUGGAGUUGCAUGAUAAGGAGGGCAAUUUGCUCAAGCAGGAGUUUUUCCAAAUUUUGGUCAGGAUUAAAGAGGGAGCGGAGAACACGGCCCCUAAACCCAGCUUUGUGGCCAUGAUGAUGAUGGAAGUAGACCAGUUUGUAAUGACGGCGAUAACCACGGACAUGCUGGCAGCGGAGGACGUCGAGUCUAAACCUGAUGAAUUAAUUUUCAACAUCACUUCCCCACUGUCCUUUGAGGAGGGCUACAUAGUGAGCACGGAUGAUAGGAAUUUGCCAAUAACCUCAUUUUACCAAGGGGACCUCAAAGACUUGAAAAUCGCCUACAAGCCCCCUGCUGUGGAUUCAGACACUGAGCGGAUUUUCCAGAUUGAGUUUGAGGUUGUCGACACAGAGGGGGCCGUGUCAGACCCUUUCGCUUUCAUGAUUGUUGUUAAGCCCAUGAACACGCUGGCCCCUGUGGUGACGAGGAAUACUGGCCAGUUGCUGUACGAGGGUCAGUCCAGGCCUCUGUCUAGUUCACAGAAUCUGGAAAUCAGCGACGAAGACGAUUUAGACAAAGUCAAAAUCACUGUUAUUGAUGGGCUGAGGCGUGGAGAAUUAACUGUACUGGGCUCAAGGAGGAAAUUCUUCACCCCAGCUGACCUAGACGCCGGAGUAGUCAUUUAUCAACAUGACGGCAGUGACACAUACAGUGAUAAUAUUAUUUUCAGGAUGACAGACGGCACAAAUGAGGUGGAGUUUCUGUUUCCCAUCACAGUCGUGCCAACGGAUGACGAGCCUCCCAUAAUCAAUGCCAACACUGGUUUGGUUUUAUUCAAAAACCAAAUGAUCCCAGUCUCCUCACUUAUGCUCAGUGCGGCAGACAUCGACUCAGAGGAUUCUACGAUCAAAUUCAUUUCAGAGCCUCCCUUUUCCACAAUUGGGCAGGUGCUGCUGCGACAAUCCGAGGCCCCAGAGGACCCGUCCACCUGGAAGUUUAAUACAGACGAUGAAAUGUAUGAGAAAGUAGUGACUGAAUGGCUGCAGGAGGAUAUAAUGGAUGGUAAAUUGUUUUACAAGCACAUCGGGCCCCACAGCACCAGCACGGUGAUGGACCAGUUUGUGUUUAGAGUUCAGGAUGACAAUGACCCACCAAACCAAUCAGGCGAGAGCUCGUUCAUUAUCAAAAUACUCCCCGUUGACGACCUCCCACCUGAGCUGCACCCGGGCACGACUCUGCAAAUGACCGUGCAUGAGUAUCAGCUCACUUACUUCCGGAAAAAAUUCCUCCGUUACUCCGACCUCGACUCGGAGGAUCGGGACCUCAAAUACACGAUCGUCCAGCCACCGACGGACACCGAUGAGAAUAGCCCUGUCGUACUGGGAGCUCUCGUAUUAACUGAAAGUCCAAACAUUGUAGUCACAACUUUCACACAAGCACAAAUCAACCACCACAAAAUAGCCUACAAACCGCCUGAUCUUGAGCUUGGAAUUACCACUCAUGUUUUGCAGUUUAGGUACACUGUGGAGGAUGUCUCUGGAAAUAGCAUAGAAGGAGUUUUCACUAUAUUUUUAAAGCCCGUGGACAACAAGCCACCUCAGAUAACCAACUCUGGGUUCACUGUGCUUGAGCGAGGCACACAUAUCAUUACGAGGGCUGAGCUGGACACUUCAGACACAGACACAGAUAGCAAACAGAUCAUGUUUACUGUUACGCAGCCACCACUGAAUGGCCAAAUCCAGUUUACAUUCACUGACAUGACAAAAGGAGACACUUUUAACCUUGAGGAUAUUGGAAGUGGCCGAAUUUCGUACAUCCAUAAUGGAGAUGAGUCGACAGUUGAUUCGAUACAAAUUGAUGUCAGCGACGGGGUCCACGUUGUCCCGAUUAUUAUGAAAAUUUGUGUGAAGCCAAUUGAUGACGAGACUCCAACUAUCAGUCUCCCAGCGGGCACAAUUGGCUCCUACAUAGAUGUGCUGGAAAACGGAGCAACCGAAAUCACGAGUAACGUCAUUCAGGGAAGAGAUGAGGACACAGAUGACCUUCGUUUGACCUUCAUUGUCGAGGACCCGCCAUCAUUUGGCGAAAUCCUGGUCAGAGGUGUCCCGUCUGCUACGUUCACCCAAGCUGAUAUUAUUAACGGCUUUGUGGUCUAUGCCCAUUCCAGUGGAGAGAUAGGCUGGACCACAAAAGAGGACUUUUUCAACCUCACACUGACAGACAUGUCUGAUGAGUGGACUGUUGGAGGAAAUAAGAUCACAGGUGUCAGAGUGCAUGUUACUAUUCUUCCCUUGGACAGCCAGGCUCCAGAGAUCUUUGUGGGGCCACAGUUCACUGUGGCUGAGGGAGAGAAGAACGUCAUUCACAUUCUUCAUAUAAGCGCAGAUGAUGUCGACACCCCCAGCGAUGACCUCCUUUGUACAAUCAUUGUACAGCCAACUUCUGGGUACGUGGAAAACAUCUCCCCAGCCCCCGGCUCAGAGAAAUCCAGGUCUGGGACAGCCAUUAGUGCUUUCACUAUCAAGGACAUCAGACAGAAUCACAUUUACUAUGUUCAAAGCAUUCACAAAGGAGUCGAGCCAGUAGAGGACAGGUUUACAUUCAGAUGCUCUGAUGGCAUAAAUUUUUCUGAAAGGCACUUUUUCCCUAUCUCCAUAAUCCCCUCUAAUGAUGAAAAGCCCGAGAUUUACAUGAGAGAGUUUGUAGUUAUGGAGGGCAUGAACAUAGUCAUUGACACUCCCAUUCUGAAUGGUGCUGAUGCGGAUCUCCCCGCAGAUCAGCUCACAUUUAUUAUCAGCAAACCCCCCAAGCACGGAUAUAUUCUCAAUCAGCUCACUACUGGCACCGUCAACGUCUUUAACUUCACCUUGGAUCAGAUCAGGGAGGCCUCCAGCAUUGUGUAUGAGCAUGAUGACUCAGAAACCACAGAGGACAGCUUUGAUAUUGUUCUCACAGAUGGAAAGUUCAGUGUAGAGAAAACUGUGAUAGUUAUGAUUAUCCCUGUGGAUGACGAAACCCCAAGGAUGGCAAUCAACGACGGCCUUGAAAUUGAUAUAGGUGAUGUGAAAGUCAUAAACAGCAACGUUUUGAAAGCUACCGAUCUGGACUCAGAAGACAGCACGCUAACUUACAUUAUUCGCUAUGGGCCUGGUCAGGGGUAUUUGCAGACGACAGCGCCCUCUGGGAAAUUGCAAAACAUCACAGUUGGAAUGAACUUCACGCAGAAUGAAGUGGACCAGGGUUUGAUCGUGUACAUCCAUAAUGGGCAAGAGGGGAUUCGAGACCUCAUCAAAUUUGAUGUGACAGAUGGCAUCAACCCUUUGAUUGACAGGUACUUCUAUGUGACAGUGGGUGGCAUUGACAUGGUUUUCCCAGAUGUGGUCAGUAAAGGUGUGUCCCUCAAAGAGGGUGGCAGGGUGAGUCUGACAACAGACCUCCUCAGUACAAGCGACCUCAACAGCCCAGAUGAACACCUGGUUUUCACAAUCACCCGGGCUCCAGUGAGAGGCCACUUGGAGUGCACGGACACACCGGGCAUGCCCAUCUCAUCCUUCACACAGCUCCAGCUGGCUGGCAACAAAAUCUACUACCUUCACACUGCCGACGAUGAGGUGAAAAUGGACAGCUUCGAAUUCGAAGUAACCGAUGGCUACAACCCUGUGUUCCGCACCUUCCGCAUUUCCAUCACUGACGUGGACAACAAAAAGCCCGUGGUGACGGUACACGGCCUGGUGGUGACCGAAGGGGAGAACAAACUCAUCACGCCUUUCGAGCUAACAGUGGAGGACAGAGACACCUCUGACCGCCUCUUGAAGUUCACAGUCACUCAAAUCCCAGUUCGCGGUCGCCUGCUCUUUAACAACACCAGGCCUGUCAGCUCCUUCACAAAGCAGGACCUGAAUGAGAACAUGAUCAGCUACAAGCACGAUGGCACAGAGACGGCAGAAGACAGCUUCUCCUUCACCGUCACCGAUGGCACUCACACAGACUUCUUCGUCUUCCCCGACACCGUGUUUGAGACUCGAAAGCCCCAGGUAAUGAAGAUAAGUGUCCUCCCGGUGGAUAACGGGGUGCCGCAGAUUGUGGUGAACAAGGGUGCGCCAACGCUGCGGGUCCUGGACACUGGUCACCUGGGGUUUGUGAUCACCAGCAAGACGCUUAAAGCGGAGGACAGAGACAGCAUUCAGAAUUCUGUGACCUUUAGGAUUACUGUUGCGCCGGAACACGGCUAUGUGAUCAGCCACAGCAAAGGAAAUGCCACAAUCACCACUUUCACGCAAGCUGAAAUUGAUGACAUGAGCGUCUGCUAUGUUCUGAGGGAUGGUGACAAAGCUACAAAUGACAACUUCUAUUUUUCCAUUGAGGACAAUGGAGGGAACAAACUGAAGAACCAGCAGUUCCGGCUGAAUUGGGCGUGGAUCUCUUUGGAGAAGGAAAGCUACGUGGUGGAUGAAGAGGUCAAGUUCCUGGAGGUGGUGUUGAAGCGUCGGGGCUACCUGGGCGAAACUUCAUUCGUUGGCAUUGGCACAAAGGAUGGCACUGCAGAAAAGGACAAAGAUUUCCGGGGGAAGUCUCAGAAACAGGUGCAGUUCAACCCUGGCCAGACCACGGCCACCUGGAGGGUCCGGAUCCUGUCGGAUAGCGAAUACGAAGUGUCCGAGAGCUUUCAGAUCGUCCUGUCUGAGCCGGUGAUGGCGGCCCUCGAGUUCCCCGAGGUUGCCGCCGUGGAGAUCCUGGACCCUGGCGACGAAUCAACGGUGUUCAUCCCCUCAGCUGUGUACAACAUAGAGGAGGAUAUCGGUGAGCUGCUCGUCCCUGUGCGGAGGAGUGGGGAUGUCAGUCAGGAGCUCAUGGUCAUCUGCUUCACCCAGCAAGUUUCGGCCACGGGCACCGUCCCCACCAGGGUGCUCUCCUACUCUGAUUACAUCUCCAGGCCCGAGGACCAUCACAGCGUCCUGCGUUUUGACAAAGGGGAGGUGGAGAAGCCCUGCCGGGUGGUGAUCAUCGACGACUCGCUGUACGAGGACGAGGAAAGCUUCACCGUCGCCCUCAGCAUGCCCAUGGGGGGGCGUCUGGGCUCAGAGUUUCCCUCAGCCAGAAUUACAAUCAUUCCGGAUGCAGACGACGCUCCCGUCUUCUACUUCGGCAACACGGACUACCACGUGGACGAGAGCGACGGCUUCGUGGAGGUGCAGGUGUGGAGGACGGGCACUGAUCUCUCCAAAGCGGGAACCGUCACGGUGCGCUCCAGAAAGACGGAGCCUGUCUCGGCCGAGGCUGGUGUCGAUUAUGUGGGGAUCAGCCGGAAUCUGGACUUUGCGCCGGGGGUCACCAUGCAGACUUUUCGUGUUGCCAUCCUGGACGACCUGGGCCAGCCGGUGCUGGAGGGGCCGGAGAAGUUUGAACUGUUGCUGCGGAUGCCCAUGAACGGGAUCCUGGGGGAGCCGAGCAAGGCCACCAUCCUCAUCAAUGACUCUGCUUCUGACUUGCCAAAGGUGCAGUUCCGUGAUGCCGUGUACGUGGGUAAUGAAGACUCGGGGCAGAUUUCAGUUACUGUCUACCGCAGUGGGGACAUCAGCUACAGGUCCACAGUGCGCUGUUACAGCAGGCAGGGGACAGCCCAGGUCAUGAUGGACUUCAGUGAGAGGCCCAACACAGAUGCUUCCAUCAUCACCUUCCUACCAGGAGAGAUUGAGAAGCCUUGUGUGCUGUCACUUGUUGAUGACACGGAACACGAGGAAGAAGAAGAACUCCGUCUUGUGUUGGGAAGCCCCAGGAGCGACUCGCCAUUCGGAGCAUCCAUUGGAGGACAGAAUGAGACGCUCAUCAAGAUUAAAGACGAUGCAGACAAGGCGAUUAUUAGGUUUGGCGAGACCAAGUUCAGUGUGAACGAGCCAAAGGAAAGUGGACAAGUGUCUGUGGUGAAGAUCCUGGUGCAGCGUGUUGGCGACACAUCAAAGGUCUCUGUUGUCCGAGUUCACACAAAGGAUGGAUCUGCCACCUCUGGGGAGGACUACCAUCCCAUAUCUGAGGAAAUCGUGUUCAAGGAGGGCGACACUGAGCACUACGUGGAGGUGGAGAUUUUAUACGACGGUGUCAGAGAAAUGAGGGAGGCGUUCACCGUUCACCUGAAGCCCGAUGAGAACAUGGUGGCAGAAACAAAGAUAAGCAAAGCCAUAAUCUAUAUUGAGGAGACCAACAGCAUGGCGGAUGUCACCUUUCCCUCGGUGCCCAGAGUGGUUUCCCUGCUGCAUUAUGAUGACAUCGACAGGACCAGGGACUCUCUGCCCGUGUCUGGAUACCCUGUCAUUUGUGUCACUGCCUGUAACCCUAAAUACCCAGACUACGACAAAACAGGCUCCAUCUGUGUAAACGAGAAUAUCAACAACUCCCUGACUCAUUAUCGGUGGCUCGUCAGUGCCCCCACUGGCCCCGACGGCGUCACCAGCCCUAUGAGGGAAGUUGACUUCGACACCUUCUUCACCUCCUCCAAGCUCAUCACUUUGGACGCAGUCUACUUCCAGGCCGGUUCCAGGGUCCAGUGUGCUGCAAGGGCCGUGAACUCCAACGGGGAUGAAGGUCUGGAACUCCUCAGCCCCACGGUGUCCGUCAGCAUGGACGAGGGAAUGUGCCAGCCUCGCGUUGUAGGAACAGUGGGGGCCGAGCCCUUCUCUGCCAAACUGCGGUACACUGGAGGAGAGGACACAGACCAUCCCAACCUCAUCAAACUAACUGUCACCAUGCCUCACAUUGAUGGAAUGUUGCCUAUAGUCUCCACGCGGCCCCUAUCUAACUUUGAGCUCACACUGAGCCCCGACGGUACCCGUGUCGGCCACCACCGCUGCUCCAACUUGCUGGACUUCGCUGAGGUCAAGACUCGCCAUGGCUUCCUCACGGAAGCCACCAAAAAUCCAGAAGUAAUCGGUGAGACCGCUCCUUACCAGUUCAGCACUUCCCUCAGGGGAUCGAGCACACUGCGAUUCUACAGAAACCUCAACUUGGAGGCUUGUUUGUGGGAAUUCACCGGAUACUACGACAUGUCCGAGCUGCUCAGUGACUGCGGAGGCGCCAUUGGGACUGAUGGACAGGUGCUGAAUCUGGUCCAGUCCUAUGUGACCUUGCGAGUCCCGCUCCAUGUGUCCUAUGUCUUCCACUCCCCGGUGGGAGCUGGGGGCUGGCAGCACUUUGACCUACAGUCUGAGAUGAGGCUCACAUUUGUGUACGACACUGCCAUCUUAUGGAGGGAUGGAAUCGGCAGCCCACCAGAGGCAGACUUAAAAGGUGCACUGUACCCAACCAGCAUGCGUAUUAAUGGCCAAGGACGACUGGUAGUCAACUUCCGCACAGAGGCUCGAUUCAGAGGCCUUUUUGUGCUUUCACAUCCAGCUUCACGCCUCACCUCCAUGGUCAUGUGUGCGGACCACCCUGGACUGACCUUUAACCUCAGUCUUGUGAGGAACGAGCCAACCUACAACCAGCCCAUCCAGCAGUGGACAUUCAUCUCUGAUUUUGCUGUGCGAGACUACUCUGGCACAUACACAGUGAAGCUGGUCCCCUGUACAUCCCCUCCCAGCCUGGAGUACACCAUUCCUCCUGUCUGCAAUCCCAGAGAGCCUCUCACCUUCGACCUGGAUAUCCGCUUUCAGCAGGUUAGCGACCCCGUGGCUGCAGAGUUCAGUCUGAACACGCAGAUGAUCUUACUCUCCAAACGCUCGCUCUGGCUCUCAGACGGCUCCAUGGGCUUCGGACAGGAGAGCGACACUGCCUUCUCGCAGGGAGAUACGGUUUAUGGCCGAGUGAUGGUGGAUCCAGUGCAGAACUUGGGUGACUCCUUCAUUUGUAACAUAGAGAAAGUGUUCCUUUGCACUGGGGCUGAUGGAUAUGUCCCUAAAUACAACCCCAGCAACUUUGAGUUUGGCUGUCUGGCUGAUGCUCCAUCGCUACUCUACAGAUUCAAGAUCAUUGACAAGGCCCAACCCGAGACUCAGGCACGGUCAUUUGGCAACGUAGCUUUCAACGCCUUCCUGGCGGUCGAUGACCCCGCGGCUUUAGCUCUAGUGAGACAACCUGGGUCCGACGGUUUCAGAGUGGAUUCCUCAGCUCUCUUCCAGGUGUCUGCAGGAAGAGAGUGGUACAUUCACACCAUCUACACUGUCCGUUCUCGGGACAACGCUAACCGUGGCAUAGGGAAGAGAAGUCUGGAGUACCAUGUGUUGAACCAGCACCCAAAUCCCCUUCGGCAAGGUCAACAGCGAGCCAGAAGAUCGGCCGACGAUGUGCCGGACAUUAUAGAGGAGAUCGGCGUGAGCAACAACCGCGGCACCAACAUCCUGCACAUCGCGCUGGACCGCAGCAGCCAGCGGAGGACAAGCCCGGAGAGGGGAGUCUUCACCAAAGGGGUCUCCCCCCGCGAGGUCAACCAGAGAGACAACAGUGACGAGAGACUGGUGUUGAUCGUUGGCGUCCUCGUCGGGCUGCUCCUCACGGCUCUCAUCGUCAUCGUGGUGGUGAUGCUGGCCCGGUCCAAGCGGGAGAAGAAGGACGUACCUGUGCCCAAGAACUCCAGCAGCGCCGAGCCCAUGAUGACGCAAGGCCUCGGUAACAGUGACAGCUCGGAGGUUUAACCGACAGACUGGCGGUUAGGGGUUUUAGUUCAAAUGUUUGCUUUGCAAGUGCCUCACAUGUAGACAAAAAAUUGAUGAUUGUGCGCGACGCAGCACAAAUUACAAAGAGCUUUGAUUCCAUUCAGAAAUCUACUUGAAACGCAGGUUCACUUUUCACGGCGUCGCGCCGGUCUGGACACUUACUAGGAGACGGACUGUGUCGGGAGCUGUUUCAAGGCACUUGUCGAGUUGUCGUCACUCACUUAUUGAUUUGCUUUUGAUGCCACUUGAUCCAAAAAUAUGUUUUUUUAUGUUUCCAAAGGUGCUACGAAAGAUGCCCGUUAACUUGAAUGGCAUUUGGGUGUUUUACUGAACAGGAAAAGAGACUGCAUAUAUCCAGUAGUUCUGACCAACAGGAUGUGUGCGUUUGAUUUGCUGCAUUGAGACACUGUCCACAGGUUGCUUACACUGGCGGAACCGGUUUGUUCUUGUAGAGGAUGAUCGGUCCUUAAAUUCGGUGCGUGCCUAAGAACUCACAGGAUUUCGAGGUUUCAUGAUGUGUUAUGUUUUUCCUGCGCGAACAGCACGACAUCCGGCUCAAAUGGGGGGGGGGGAAAUAUAUUCAUUUCAUAUGACUGAACAUGGUUUUCACGUGCUCAUGUUUUUGCAUGCGUUUCUUUUUUGUAUUUUAAGAUUGUUUGAAAUGGUCAAAAGAAAAAUAACAAUGCCGAUUCGAAAGGAAUUGUGGAAAAACGUGCCGCACUCUCCAUGUUUCCACCUGUUUUUAUUUUGCAAUGCAUCCCAUGAAAAACAGUAUUUAUCAGUAGCUGAUUCCCCCCCGAAUAUUUAACAGCGGUAACACUGUAUGAUAUUGAGACUGCCCAAUUGACACAUGACUCUGAAAGAAUAGGAGAGUUUAUAAACUGUUAACAGUCUGUACUACUGAUGUGACUUUCAAGACAGCUGGUCUGCAAUGUACAGUGAGACGUAGUCGUGGUUCCAGAUCAGGAAUUAUUGUCUCUCACAGAGGGAACGCUGGUGUUAACUACAGUAGUCAAGCAGAGAUAGGUGGGGCUGUAAAUCCCUCUUACAACAGGGCUACGUUUUCUAUAUGCUGGUGACAUUAUUUUUUUUUUCUACUCUAAAAUAUCAUCUAAUAGGUUCAGAUUUCACUGAAAGGGAAUGAAAUGCUUUGCCCUCCAUCAUCGUCUCUCCCUGUCUCAUUGGUUUGUAUUUAUUUAUUUUUCAUUACACUGUUAUUAAGUGCUGGAUCAAAUAUGUACAGUAUACAGUACAUAUACCAUCAUUUCAUCUCCUCUUAUUUGAACCUAUCUCUGUCAGGCUGUACGACCAUGUGUGUUGUUUUGAUUUGAGUAUGCAAUUCAGAAAUACAGUCAACGUGCCAUGUUAGCUUUACAACAUUGUGUACAUUAGAUGAAACAUCAAACGAGCUUUCCUUGUAUCAGUGUACUGGUUUUUUGUUUGGGUCGGUUUUUCAUUUUUCAGAUCCAGGCACCGGAUUGCCAUAAAAUCUGAUUACCUCACACUACUGUAUAUCGUAUAAGAGACACACGUUCCUAGUCACGACUUUAUAAAUGUAGCGUUUGCAAUUUUAUUUUGAAAUUGAAAACAAUUCUAUGCAACCUAUGAUAUCAUACCUUCAUGAAAUGUUUACGCCCAAGUAUUAUUUUUUUUUCCGUGCACAAUUUGCUUGCUCAUUUAGGUUUAACACUGUAUCACUAUACUGUGGUUCUUUUCCCCCCACUCUAAUGAUUUUGAGUGCUUUCUCAGCUUUUUUCAUGCACAUGUGUGUAUGUAUAUACAUAUGUAUUACCUAUGAAUAUACCAUCUGGAUGUUUUGGGAAUGGUUAUUGUUAAAAAAAAAUGCAUACUGUAUGUGCUGUAAGUAUUUGUAACAUAGACCAGAAGCACAACGUGGUCUGCAAAUAAAUAAUUUUUCAAGAAAAAA